GCAAACCGGAGGGGGCGGGUUUGUUUGCUGUGACUAAUGUUUUGUUUUCUGCCCUGACGAGAUGGUUGUGACGAGUUAACACCAACAGCUACGACGCUAAACACUGCUCAGUGACCUUGUGUUGGCCUGCAAGAAGACAAAGCCAUGGGGAAUACAAGCAGUGAGAGGGCCGCGAUGGGCCAGGGGGAGAAGGCUCAGCGCAGGGACAGCCGAGGUAUCAAGGAGGGAGAGAGACCAAAGAUCCUGAUGGACAGCCCAGAAGAUGCUGAUAUUUUUCAUGGUGAAGAUUUGAAAGCUCCUUUAGAGAAAGAGGAGUUCCUUGCAUGGCAACAAGACUUAGAAGCAGACGACAAAGCCCCAACUUUAGACCGGCCAACGGUAUUUCGCUGGACUGGAGAUGGCAAGGAGGUCUACCUCUCUGGGUCCUUCAACAAUUGGGCCAACAAGAUUCCUCUUAUUAGAAGUCAAAACACCUUUGUGGCCAUUGUGGAUCUGCCUGAGGGGGAGCAUCAGUACAAGUUUUAUGUGGACGGCCAGUGGACCCAUGACCCAGCUGAGCCGGUUGUGACCAGCCAGCUGGGCACAGUCAAUAAUGUCAUCCAGGUGAAGAAAACAGACUUUGAGGUGUUUGAUGCUUUAAUGGUGGACUCACAGAAAUGUUCUGACAUGUCAGACCUCUCCAGCUCUCCUCCUGGACCAUAUCAUCAGGACGCCUACAUUCCGAAACAGGAAGAGAAGUUUAAGUCUCCACCCAUACUCCCACCGCACUUGCUUCAGGUCAUCCUCAACAAAGACACGGGGAUAUCUUGUGACCCUGCGUUACUCCCAGAACCCAAUCAUGUCAUGCUCAACCACCUCUAUGCUCUUUCAAUUAAGGAUGGGGUGAUGGUGCUCAGCGCGACACAUCGCUACAAGAAGAAGUACGUCACCACCUUGCUAUAUAAGCCUAUCUGAUUGAAGACUCUCUUAUCCCAGUGUGUUAACUGUACACUGAGUGUACAAAAUAUGAGCUCCACCUGUUUUUUUCCAUAAAGCAGAGACCAGGUGAAUGCAAGCUCAUAUCAGUCAUGGGUUUCACCUGUUAGAUCCGCAACUGGACUUGAAGAAGCAGCUCUGAGUGAGGUGGAGGAGAUAGAUUAAAGAUUAGGAAAAUAGAUAUUGUUAAAUCGGUCAAUUAAACUUUUAUUUUAAGUAAAAUUCAGGAAUAAUGUUUACUAUAGGAAUGCCCUGAAAAUGAAUAAACUAAAUCAAGAUGACAUGAUAGUGUUGAAUGGGUGUGCACAGUAAAAUGUCAACAGAUUAAUCAUUUGUAUCAUUGUACAAAUCUGCCUCAAGAGGCUGGUUAAAUGAUGACAUUACUUUAUCCAUUCUGAGCUUUGAACACACAGCUCUGAGAUUAUAUCUUGUACACUCACUGUACACCCAGUUGUUGUACACAUCUGCUGAGGACCAUCAAUGCCACACAGUUACCACAAUCCUUCAUAAUCUGCCUUUAUUUUUUCACUGAUUGCCCUCUGUAGUUUUCAACAACAGUAACUUUGUUCAGUAGACAUAGAGAGGCACACAGCUAUAAUCAAAGCAGACAUAAAUGGAAUGAGGAGAAUUGGUAAUGCUGGGGAAAUUGGACUGAAGGACCUCAGAUACGUGAGGUUGCUGUUGUCCUUCCUAUGGUUGCAAAGACAACAGUGGUACAAUCGAGAAUGUGAAUGUGAAGGUCAAAGAAGGAAAAAAAUUGCACUGCAGUAGUUAUCCACUGUUUUCUUUUGCCUUUUUAUCUUAAAAUAGUUGUAUUUAUUAGUUGUAUUUUAUUUAGUAUGAUCACAGAGCACACAGUAGUUAUUUUUCUAUUAUUUGUGACGUAUUUAGUUAUAUAAUUUUUUUUCUACUUUGGUUGAUGAUGUGAUUUGUUUUGUUGUCAAGAGUUUUCUCAGUAUAGUUGCAGCGUUGCAGUCAUUACCAUUCCAGUCGAGUAUCUCAGCAGAUUGUUAGGACUAAGACGAUGUAGUCGAGACCAAAACCAUCUCAUAAAUGAAUCUGGUCUAAAUAACUCUUAUUAGAUUUGCACUACCAUAAUAAACAUUUAAUUUUAUAUAGAAUAUGUAGUGGUCUUCACACUGAUAUACCAUUGCACAAUAAUAAUUUCCUUCUUUUAUACAGUGUUUAUGCAUUCCACACCAUAGAGUUGAUCCCUGCUGGCUUAGUCAAUAUGGGAUCGUUAGGUUUGUGCCAUGACACAUUGCCAAUCUUCAGUAGUAAUGCAGAAAAUUCAGAUGGAUCCAUGGGUAAUGAAGAAAGACCCAACAGGAACGUUAUUUGACAAUGACAACAAAGUGACCGACAUUUGCUUGAAGAGCCACAACACUGACUAAGGGACCAGCAUAGGAUCAGACUGGAACUGUUACUGAAGAGGCGUUAUAGUGAACAUGUUUGUCUGCACUGUUAAUGGUCAGUGUGUAUUUCAUGAGGUCUGAAAGACUGGACUGAAUUUUAAGUUAAAAGGUAGCCUAUGACUUGAACCAUCAACAUAUCAUUGCCAAGUUAUGUUAUCUAGGUGUAAUUACCAUAAACAAAUGAGACCAGGAUGUUGGUUACAGGCCACUGGAUGCUGACACUCCUCAGUCAUAGUCUCUUUUGUUUUAUUGUCUCAGAACCAACAUGGUAAUGACUUAUUGAUGACAAGAUGCUGGAUAUUCAAAUACAUUGCAGUAUCAUUAAAAAUGUUGUUGAGCCUUUGAACCAUGCUGGUGUGUAUACAUUUUCAAAGAUAUUUGUAUUAAAGAUAAGUUGCAGUAAAGAUUCA